AUGCUGAGUCCUCCAUCAAAUUGGGUAGUUCAAAAAUUCGGUGGUACUUCCGUCGGUAAAUUCCCAGUGCAAAUUGUAGAUGACAUUAUUAAAUUCUACUCUGACCCUUCAAACAAAACUUAUAACAAUAACGUUGCGGUCGUAUGUUCUGCUCGUUCCUCGUACACAAAGGCUGAAGGUACUACCUCGAGACUGCUAAGAUGUUGUGAUUUGGCCUCUCAAGAAAUGGAAUUCAAUGAUAUCAUUGAAGUUAUAAAAGCGGACCAUAUCGAUAAUGCUGAAAGAUACGUUCAGGAUCCUGUCUUACAAACAAAAUUGAUCGCUGAUACCACCAAAGAAUUGACUCUAGUGAAAAAAUAUUUAGACGCCUCGAAAAUAUUGGGUGAAGUGAGUACUCGUACCAUCGAUCUCGUCAUGUCAGUGGGUGAAAAAUUAAGUUGUUUAUUCAUGACCGCACUAUUGAAUGACCGUGGUUGUAAGGCAAAAUACGUCGAUUUAACUCACAUUGUCCCAUCAGAUUAUAACGCCACAGUUCUAGAUAAUAGUUUUUACACUUUCCUAUUUCAGGCAUUCAAGGAAAAAUUACAACCAUUCAUUGAAUCCAAAGAACGUGUCAUCCCUGUCUUCACUGGGUUUUUCGGUCUUGUCCCAAUGGGACUACUGAAUGGUGUUGGUCGUGGUUACACUGAUUUAUGUGCUGCUUUAAUUGCCGUCGCUGUUAAUGCUGAUGAAUUACAAGUUUGGAAGGAAGUCGAUGGUAUCUUCACUGCUGAUCCAAGAAAAGUGCCUCAAGCUCGUUUGUUGGCCAGUGUCACUCCAGAAGAAGCUUCAGAAUUGACUUAUUACGGUUCUGAAGUCAUUCAUCCAUUCACUAUGGAACAAGUCAUUCAAGCAAAGAUCCCAAUUAGAAUUAAGAAUGUGCAAAAUCCAAGAGGUGAAGGUACUAUUAUCUAUCCAGAUAACAUUGCUAAAAAGGGUGAAUCCACUCCACCACAUCCUCCUGAGACCCUAUCAUCUUCCUUCUUCGAAAGAAGGAAAAGAGGUGCCACUGCCAUCACUACAAAGAAUGAUAUUGUCGUUAUAAAUAUUCAUUCUAAUAAGAAAACGCUGUCACAUGGGUUCUUGGCACAAAUAUUUACCAUCUUGGAUAAAUUCAAAUUAGUGGUAGAUUUGAUCUCUACGUCGGAAGUUCAUGUCUCGAUGGCUUUACCGAUCCCAGAUUCUGAAUCACAUAAAUCAUUAAGACAGGCAGUAGAAAAAUUAAGAGUACUAGGUCAUGUUGAUGUCACUAAGAAGAUGGCUAUUGUAUCCUUAGUUGGUAAACAAAUGAAACAAUUUAUUGGUAUUGCUGGUACCAUGUUCACUACAUUGGCAGAGCAAGGUAUUAAUAUUGAAAUGAUAUCUCAAGGUGCUAACGAAAUUAAUAUUUCUUGUGUCAUUGAUGAAACCGAUUCACUAAAGGCUUUACAAUCCAUUCAUGCCAAAUUAUUGGAUGCUCAUGAGGCAUCGUUGGAAGAAAUGACCACUGGAAAUUUUGAACAUGCCAUAAAUGAACGAUUGGAACAAAUUAAAAGAUUGGAUUUAUAG